CCGUGGCCUCCAUGGAAGACAGUCGUAUUCCUCUCAGGCCUCGGCGGGAGCCGGGGGGACGCGCCUCGCGGCAGGACAAGUAUUCGGUGCUUUUGCCCACCUACAGCGAGCGCGAGAACCUGCCGCUCAUCGUGUGGCUGCUGGAGAAAAGCUUCUCCGAGAGUGGAAUCAACUAUGAAAUUAUAAUCAUAGAUGAUGGAAGUCCAGAUGGAACACAGGAAGUUGCUGAACAGUUGGAGAAGAUCUAUGGGUCAGACAAAAUUCUUUUAAGACCACGAGAGAAAAAGUUGGGACUAGGAACUGCAUAUAUACAUGGAAUGAAACAUGCUACAGGAAACUACAUAAUUAUUAUGGAUGCUGAUCUCUCACACCAUCCAAAAUUUAUUCCUGAAUUUAUUAGGAAGCAAAAGGAGGGUAAUUUUGACAUUGUCUCUGGAACUCGCUACAAAGGAAAUGGAGGUGUAUAUGGCUGGGAUUUAAAAAGAAAAAUAAUCAGCCGUGGGGCCAAUUUUAUAACUCAGAUUUUGCUGAGACCGGGAGCAUCUGAUUUAACAGGAAGUUUCAGGCUAUACCGAAAGGAAGUUCUACAGAAAUUAAUAGAAAAAUGUGUUUCUAAGGGGUAUGUCUUCCAGAUGGAGAUGAUUGUUCGGGCAAGACAGAUGAAUUAUACAAUUGGCGAGGUUCCAAUAUCAUUUGUGGAUCGUUUUUAUGGUGAAUCCAAGUUGGGAGGAAAUGAAAUAGUCUCUUUCUUGAAAGGAUUAUUGACUCUUUUUGCUACUACUUAAAAGAAAGUUAUUCGUUUACACUUAUAUUCAUUUCAAUUUAACAUAAAAGAAGCCGAUUUCUGAUUUUUAUAAAAUGUACUCAUAGAACAUAAACCAUCAGGUAAGGUAAAUUUCAUGUGAGUCUUUUCUUUCUGAAGAAACUGCCAUUUUAUAUUUCAAAUUAAAUUAGAAAAAUGAGCAAUUUUCUCAAUUUCAUUUUUAUUUUGCUGUUUUGAGAUCUAUAAAUAAAUGUAUGAUUUUGUUUUGCACAAAAUAGAGUAUGCGAAUAUGGAAUUUCUUAUAUUUCUUAUAUUAGGAAAAUUUUGAAAUAUUCUUUAUAAACACUGGGUUCAUAGCUCUUUGUACCUAAUAUAUGUCAGAAGUAGGAGGGAUGUUAAUAAUUAUAUUCAUAAAAUAUGAUUGUUUCUGUAUGAAUUGGGGAAAAAAAUACAUACCUCUGCCCUGUCUUAAAAAUGUAUCUCAGAUGUCUUAAAUGAGUUAAAACAAACAUUUAGAGCAAAAUUUUAAGGUUUUGGUUCUUUGCAGGUCUUGCAUUGGUGAUAUACUUCAUCUGUUAGAGCAGGUGUAUUUAAAAUAUAUAUAUAUUGUGAGUUGGAAAUAGCCUGGCAGCAAUUGAUUGCAUAGCUGGUGUUUUCUCUUCUAAUAGAAGCAGCAACCUCUGUCAGUAGAUAUUGAGGAGCUUGAGGUAUAAACUUAGCUGUUUUGGUAAUUUUUUAAUGUCUUAUUGAAUUAUUUUUAUAAAGAUAUUUUCUCCAGA